AUGGUACAAGAGAUUAUUUGGGUUCUAAACCCUAAUAGUAUUAAGAUUCUGGAUACCCCUAACUCCUCCACUAACCACUACUUUACACUCCUUUACACUUCUUAA